UGGCGGUAAUGCUCCUUAUAAUUGUUUGCCAACCGCAAAUAAAUCCUACAACAAGAAGAAGACGAACCCGGAAGCAUAGCGCUGAGCGUAAACACAGCUGUGUUUUGCCUACCAGAGAUGGUGUACGUGUCCAACGGCCAGGUCCUGGACAGCAGGUCCCAGUCCCCCUGGAGCCUGUCCUUACUGACUGAUCUCUUCUGGGGGGCAGUGGAGUUCAUCAGCCUCUUUUUUAGGACGAUAAUCCACCCUGAUUUAUCAAGAAAUGGAAACGUGGCUUCAUCACGCUUCAGUGAUGGCAGAGGACCUCCAGGUCCCCCUGGUGGCAGAAGGCGGAUGGGACGAAUAACUCAUGGAGCAGGUCCCAACCCACCACCAAUGGGUGGAGGAGGAUGAGGAAGGUAAACGCCUACACUUACAGUGUGGGCGUGGGGCCGUGCACAGCGUCUGUCCUUAGCAUCGCCGUGCUGCAGCCCUUCUUCAUCAGCUGCCACUGCUGCUAGCAGUUUCUUGAUGCCUUUCUGGGAAUACCUAUGCUUAGGGGCCAGAAUGGUUGAUAUAGCAGCUGUCUGCAUCCCUCAGUCCUGUUGUUGUUUUUCUUCCCCUCUCCUUCUAUCCUUCUAUCCUUCUAGUUUACAUCCAUGUCUUAGACAUAUCAGGCAAAAGCAUCUAGGUUAUUGUCAUCCCUUGGGAUCAUCACAAAGUUUCUCUUUUUUAAAUAUCUGUUUAAAUAAAUGAUCUAUACUAAACUUGGCUUAUUUCCAUGUUGCUGUACAUAAACAUUAGAACAUGUUUAAAUCAGGAACAGUUGUUCUCAUUCUUUAUCACAUUACACAACACUACAUCUAAAUUUUCUAGAAGAAACAGUUUCUGUAUUUAGUUAUGUAGACACACAAACAGUAAAAAAAAUAAGAUCAGGCAAAAGGGACAAUUUCAGUUUAACCUAAAUGUAUUAAUUGAUUUAAAAAGUAAAGGUUAACUUCUUCCAAAUGUUGUCAUAGUUCUUGUCAAAUGAGUCUAGGUUUAUUUACACCUCCAAAGCUGCAUGGAUAUGGGGAAAUUCAGGGCUCUUAACAGAAUAUAAGCAAGUAAGUUGGUGACAAAUAUGACCUCUGUAGUUAUAAACAAACGUUUCAUGUCAGAAUACAGCUUUACAUUCAGAAAAAAAUGU